AUGGCAGUCGAACCCAGCAUGCCAACUCCAGAGGAAUGCACCGUCCUGGUAGUAGGCGGUGGCCCAGCAGGCUCGUAUGCUGCAUCUGUGCUAGCUCGGGAGGGCAUCAACGUGGUAGUUUGUGAAGCAGAUUUAUUCCCGAGAUAUCACAUUGGCGAGAGCACGCUCCCCUCUCUCCGGUACUUCUUGCGUUUCAUUGAUCUCGAAACCAAGUUCGAUGAGCAUGGAUUCGCGAAAAAGACUGGAGCGACAUUUAAACUGAAUUCGAAACCUCCCGCUUAUACGGACUUUGUUGCUGGUAACGGGAACUCUAACGCCGUUUGGAAUGUGGUCCGUUCCGAGGCUGAUGAGCUGAUGUUUCGACAUGCUGGUCACUGUGGAGCUGCAAUCUUUGAUGGAAGGAAGAUUGACUCGAUUCAAUUCGAGUCGGAGGGUAACCUUUCGUUGGGACCAGGGCGACCUGUCUCAGCAUCUUGGUCACAAAAGGAUGGACAGACUGGGGUCAUCCGGUUCAAAUACUUGGUCGAUGCGACUGGACGGGCCGGCCUCAUGAGCACCAAGUACUUGAAGAAUCGUCAAAUGAAUAAUUCUCUGAAGGCAAAUGCGAGCUGGGGAUACUGGGAAGGUGCAGAGACGACACAGAAAGGAGAGAUAGGUGAAGGUAAUCCCUAUUUUGAGGCUCUCGCCGACGGAAAAGGCUGGAUUUGGGCAAUUCCAUUGCAUAACCAGACUUUGUCUGUAGGGAUAGUUGUGAACCAGGACUUUCUGGUGGCGACGAAAAAGAGACUAGGCCUUUCGAGCCAGGAACUAUAUAAAACCAUGGUCAAUUCAUCCACUCUGGCAACGGACAUACUGCCAAAUGCCAAGCUCGUGUCGUCCAUUCGUUCCGCAUCGGACUGGUCUUACAAUGCAUCCAAUUAUUCUGGACCCAACUGGCGCGUCGCUGGCGAUGCAGGGUGCUUCAUUGACCCGUUUUUCUCCUCUGGUAUUCAUCUUGCCUUGACCGCCGGACUGUCCGCAGCUGUGACGAUUUGCGCUGUGGAACGAGGUCAAUGCGAGCCAGCGGUAGCAGCGAAGUGGCACAGCGAUAAGGUUGCAGACAGUUAUAAUCGCUUCUUACUCGUUGUUACCAGUGCACUCAAGCAGAUUGGCGAUCGCGAGAAUCCCGUUUUGACCGAGUGGGACGAGGACAAUUUUGAUCGGGCUUUCGAUAUAUUCAAACCAGUUAUCCAAGGAUCCGCGGAUGUUCCUACCCAGGUUCUGUCCGUGACAAAAUCGGCCAGAUUGCUUGACUUUUGCAUGCAUGCCAUGCUCAACCAGAAGGACUUUAACAAUCUAGGUACUGAAAAGUUGGCCAAGGAGCUAGGAGUGUCGGAGAAAACAGUAGGCGAGUAUGUGAAAAUGGUAAUUGAUGUCAUGGUCAAGAACGAAGCCGCGGAUGUUAAUGACUUCGGGGACGGUGCGCUGAAUGGCCUGUGCGCCAAUGUCAGUCGUGGAAGUUUGGGCUUAGUGAAAGCGUAA